AUGGGGGUUUCCAAACCUCCUAAUUUGAGACGGUUGAAAAACCUUAUUCGAUUACAUAAAGUUCAGCUGGUAGCUAUAUGUGAACCGAAACUUGAUGUCACAAAUAUUGAGAGCAUCCGCUUAAAUUUAUCGUUUGAUGCUGCUGUUGUUAACUUGUCAGCAGAUGUUUGGGUCUUGUAUAAUUUUCCGUUAGUAUGCUCUAUAGCUGGGAAUUCUCAGCAACAUAUCUCCUUGAAUGUCCAUCAUCCAUGGCUACCUCGCUCCUUGCGAUUUUCUUUUGUGCAUGCCAGGUGUACAUUGGAAGAACGACGGGGGUUGUGGCAAGCACUUUUGGUGGACAAACCACGCGACCAGCCAUGGUGCAUCUGUGGGGAUUUCAAUGUGAUCAUAUCCCCUAGCGAAAAAAAAGGAGAUCGGCCUUUUCGUGUCUCAGAGAGGUUAGAGCUUCUGACCUUCAUGGAGGAGGCGGAAGUUUUUUAUGUGGUGUCUCGCGAAGCAGAGGCUUCGGUGCUUAGGGCGGAAGCACGGGUGGAAACUGAGGCAUCGGAGAAUGCUCAGAUAGAGCUUCAUAGGUCUCAAGCACAGCUCAACCGUGCUUUGUCAGUGGAGGAGGAGUUUUGGAAGCAGAAGGCUCGUGUCAAGUGGCUCCGACAUGGCGACUGUAACUCAAAGUUCUUCCAUGCCACCCUGAGACAGAGGAGGAUGCAAGGGCAAAUCCACAGGAUUAAAGAUGAGACUGGCAUAUGGGUGAAGACGGAUGAAGAUAUAUCACGUGAAGCGAUACGGUAUUUUUCUGAUUUAUUCUCUGCUCCGGCGGAAUCCUCAUCAGACUUGCUGCAUGUUAUCCCUGCCAACGUCACGGCGGAGGAAAACAUGAGCUUAGAGGCCGAUCCGUCUUUCGAUGAAGUAAAAAGAACUAUCUUUGCAAUGGACGGUGAUAGUGCAGCAAGCCCCGAUGGUUUCAUGGGUAAGCUUUUUACUUUUGCUUGGGAGGUGAUUGGUCAAGAUGUCUAUAAUGCAGUUUUGAGCUUUUUCUGUAGGGCUGAGCUCACUCAUUUUAUUACAUCUACUUCUAUUGUCCUUCUCCCGAAGGGACCGAACCCUCAGGAUUUUUUGAUGUUCAGACCGAUUAACCUCUGCAAUUUCUUUAAUAAAGUAUUGUCCAAGAUCUUGGCUGAUAGGUUGGCUAAUAUUCUGCCAAGAAUCGUCUCACCCCAACAUACAGGCUUUGUUAAGGGCAGGAAUAUAUCAGAGAAUUAUUUUCUCGCCCAGGAAAUAAUGUCAGGGAUGCGUAGAUCGUACAGGGGUGGGAAUGUAGCAUUGAAGUUAGACAUGUCCAAGGCAUAUGAUCAUGUAUCGUGGGUAUUUCUCAUGAACGUAAUGCGGCAGUUUGGGUUUGGAGAAAGGUUUCUUGACAUGGUGUGGAGGUUGAUUUCUAAUGCUUGGUUUUCGGUUAUAAUUAAUGAAGCGUCUUAUGGCUUUUUCAAGUCGGGUAGGGGAUUACGGCAGGGGGAUCCGAUAUCCCCCGCGUUAUUCGUAAUUGGGGCGGAGCUUCUCUCACGGGCUUUAAACAAUCUCGUGUUACAUUAUGGCUAUAGGGGUUUUAAGGUCCCACGGGGGUGUCCCCAAGUCACGUACUUGGCCUUCGCUGACGAUGUAUUGAUUUUCGCUAAUGGGUUUGCUCGAGCUUUGCAGGAUAUUGUGCGGGUAUUGGAGCUUUACCAACAAUCCUCGGGUCAGUUGGUGAAUAGGCAAAAAAAUGGGUAUAUCGUCCAUCUCUCCGCCUCGAUUGCUAGACGGAGGGUGAUUGAGCAUCUCACUGGCUUUUCUAGGCAACAGGCGCCUAUUCGAUACUUGGGCUUCCCAUUGUACUUGGGCCAAAGUAAUGCUUAUUAUUACGGUGAGGUGAGUCAAGCAAUAAUCGGAAGAAUCCUCUCAUGGAAGUCCAAGUUUUUGUCUCAGGGGGGUAAGAUCAUCCUCAUCAAACAUGUUCUCUCUUCUAUCCCACUGCACUUACUAUCUGCUGCAGUAAUGCCGACUUCGGUGUUCAGGGUAAUUAAAAAGUGGAAAUUCCGCACGGGGACGUCUUUAUGGGCAAGGUUCUUACGUGCUAAGUAUUAUGGGGCUUGCCACCCUUGUCAAGUGGAGCUUAAAGUGGGCGUAUCAGCAACUUGGAAACGGAUAAUCAAUGUCAGCAGGGAGGCGGAGUUGUCUAUGCGAUGGUUGGUGAAUGCUGGGACCUGUGACUUCUGGUAUGAUAACUGGCUAGGGAAUGGAGCUCUUUUCCUUAAAGCUCCUGUUCAGGGGGAUUUAUCGUUCAGAGACUUUAUUGUUGACGGGAAGUGGAACUCGGUGGGACUUGCAGAAUACCUCCCAAGGGACAUCACAACUAUGAUCCUGCAACACUCGACCCCAGAGGGUGAGAGGCCCGAUGAGGUGGUAUGGGUGUCAACAACUUCAGGAUCAUUUUCGUUAUCCUCUGCUUUUCAUGAGGUAAGGCAAGCUCGGAAUCCCUCUUGGAUAUUUUCCCACAUUUGGCUCCCCCAACUCCCUGUAAAAGUUUCUUUAUUUAUGCUCCGUCUUUUGAUGCGGAGGCUCCCCCUGGAUGAUAUCUUGGGUAAGUUUGGCUUUCAAUUACCUUCCAAAUGUUUUUGUUCUUCCAUGGCAGCGGCGGCGGGAGAAUCUAUUGAACACAUUUUCUCAACGGGACAACUAGCGGUAGAGAUUUGGGGUGUCUUUGGAUCCUCGUGCGGUAUAUGUCUGCCGGCCGUAUCAUUGCGAGAGCGACUGGUCGCUUGGUGGUUGUCCCCGCACUCAGAUGCUCAAAGACGUCAUGUUGUUUCCAUCCUGCCAAGUUUCAUCUGUUGGCAUAUCUGGAAGGCACGGAACAAAGCAAUCUUUGAAGGGGUUGAACUGACUAGGGGGGAGAUUUGCCAUGGCAUUCUCCGGGAUAUUUUCGCAACGGUUGAGAUUAAAUUUCGUCAUGGGAUUGUAGCGCAAACAUUUGAUCAGUUUUGUGAAAGACUCUCUUAG